CACGUGUGGCUGAAUCGACCGCAGUAUGGCGCCAAACUCAAACCUGAGGUAAACUCAGGCUAACAAACAGAAGCCAACUCGUAGCUUUUAAUCGGGUGUUUUACACAUUUUAAACCUAUUUUCUCCUCAAAAACUUUGUUCUCACAUCGUCUUCAGCCUUAUUUAUUCGAUUAGGAGCAGAAUGUUUCGCUGUUUUGAUGUAACGUCGUCUUUACAGGACUGUGCCAGGUCCCUGCGGCAAAGCCUUCGCUCCAGAGUCUCUGAAAAGGAGAAGAGGGCCAUGGCCCACAGUGCCAAGAUAGACCAGGAUCUGGGAGAACGUGGCAGACAGGAGGCAAACGUGUUGAAGAUCCUUCUUCUGGGGACUCCAGAGAGUGGUAAAAGUACCCUGCUGAAGCAGAUGAAGAUAAUCUACAGCCGGGGUUUUACUAAAGACGAGCUGGUCAGCUUUACGCCUGCGGUUCUGGACAAUCUCCUGACGUCAAUGAAGUGUGUCCUGCAUGGUAUGGGUGUGUUACGGAUCAAUCUGUCUAACAGGAAGAAUAAGGCUCACGCUCGCUGCGUUCUGAAGUGUGAGAGCUGCGUUGGGGAGGACGGGGAGCUGAUACCCUUCGCGGCGUUCGCUUUCUGCAGCUUGUGGGGCGAUCAGGGGGUUCGGCUGGCGGCCGCCAAGGGCCACGAGUACCAGCUUAACGAUUCGGCGCUUUAUUUCUUUGAGAAUAUGGGCCGAAUUAUCGCUCCAAACUACGUCCCAACUGAAGCAGAUGUCCUGAGGGUGCGAGUGAGGACCAGAGGCAUCAUCGAAACUCAGUUCAGCUACAAAAACUCCAUUUACAGAAUGUAUGAUGUGGGCAGUCUGCGCUCGGAGAGGAAGAAGUGGUUCAGCUAUUUUGAUGAUGCCCGGGCGGUGCUAUUUGUAGUGGCACUUAAUGGGUAUGAUCUAACUCUUCCGGAGCGCCCCUGUUUGAUCAGAUAUAAUGUAAAUGUAAAAUCUAAUUUCUGUCAAUAUUUGUGUUCACAGAUUUUGUACAUGAAUAAAACUGACCUGUUUUGUGAGAAGAUCGUUAAUUCUGAGAGACAUCUGAGACUCUAUUGUCCUGACUUUAGAGGUCCCGACUGCGACGUGACUGCAGCCGCCCGCCACGUCACCGCCAUGUUCAUCACGAGGUGCACUGCAUCCGGCAGGCUCGCGUUUCCUCACUACACCAACGCCACGGACACGCCCGCUGUGGGUGACGUCUUCUCCGCUGUCAUCAACAGCAUCACACAGCAGAACCUCCAGGCUGUUCCCCUGCUCUGAUUCGGGAGUUAACUUUUAGCUGUUUGUUAUUUAUAAUGCUUUUUAAAGGAGAACUCCAGUGUGAAAUUGACUUUGGGU